GGUGGUCACCAAGGAGGGCUGCUGGAGGUGCUGUUGCACCCAGGCCCGUCUGACGCCACGCUCCUCUCGCCUGGGUCCUGCAGCCCCACGUGCUCUUCUGUGGACCCACCCAUGCCAGGGAGCCCAAAGCCACACCCAAGACUGGCCCCAGGCAGGUCAGCAGGACUCUGUGGGCUCCCCCUGCCGGAGCCCGACCCUCAGCCGGCUACACAGGAGGUGCUCGUGCAUGCUCUCCUGCUGUGGAAACAAAAGCACAGAGAGGGCCCACCACCUGCCCACAGACCACCAGCAAAGCGGGCUGGCCCCACCCUUGCCUGCACCUGCUACGGCUCCACAGGGAGUUCGGGGCUGGGCCACUGCGCUCUGGGGUGCCCCCUCCUGGUCCCACCUACAGAGUCCUGCAGCAGCAUUGUCUCAGUUAAUCCUCCACGCCAGAAACGCACAGAUGACAGCGCUUCCGCGGCGAGCAGCAUGGAGGUGACAGACCGCAUCGCCUCCCUGGAGCAGCGGGUCCAGAUGCAAGAAGAUGACAUCCAGCUGCUGAAGUCCGCCCUGGCCGACGUGGUUCGGCGGCUGAACAUCACCGAGGAGCAGCAGGCCGUGCUGAACAGGAAAGGACCUACCAAAGCAAGACCGCUGGUGCAGGCCCUGCCCCUGAGAACCACCGUCAACAAUGGCACUGUGUUACCAAAGAAACCGAGCGGCUCUCUGCCAUCCCCCUCCGGGACCAGGAAAGACAUGGCUGUGACGGCGACACCCAAAAGCACCAUCAAGCGGACCAGCUCUUCCGAACGAGUGUCUCCUGGCGGCCGCAGGGAGAGCUAUGGGGACCCCAAGGGCAACCGGAACCGCACGGGCUCCACCAGCAGCUCUUCUAGUGGCAAAAAGAACAGCGAAAGCAAACCCAAGGAGCCCGUCUUCAGCCCUGAAGAAGGGUACGUGAAGAUGUUCCUCCGCGGACGCCCGGUCACCAUGUACCUGCCCAGGGACCAGGUGGACUGCUACAGCCUGGAGGCCAAGGCGGACCUUCCAACCAAGAGGCUCAAGCUGGAGUGGGUCUACGGGUACAGGGGCCGAGACUGUCGGAACAACCUGUACCUGCUGCCGACGGGCGAGACGGUGUAUUUCAUCGCGUCUGUGGUCGUGCUGUACAACGUAGAGGAACAGCUUCAGAGGCACUACGCUGGCCACAAUGACGACGUGAAGUGCCUAGCGGUUCAUCCGGAUAAGAUCACGAUAGCAACAGGACAGGUCGCGGGCACCUCCAAGGAUGGAAAACAAUUGCCCCCACACGUGCGCAUCUGGGAUUCCGUGACAUUGAAUACCCUGCACGUCAUCGGGACUGGGUUUUUCGACCGAGCCGUCACCUGCAUUGCCUUCUCUAAAUCCAACGGAGGGAGCACCCUGUGUGCCGUGGACGACUCCAACGACCAUGUGCUGUCCGUGUGGGACUGGCAGCGGGAGGAGCGGCUGGCCGACGCCAAGUGCUCCAAUGAAGCCGUGUUUGCUGUGGAUUUCCACCCCACCGACACCAACAUCAUAGUCACCUGUGGAAAAUCACACCUCUACUUCUGGACGCUAGAGGGAAACUGCCUCAUUAAGAAGCAAGGGUUAUUCGAGAAGCAAGAAAAGCCAAAGUUUGUUCUCUGCGUGACUUUUUCUGAAAACGGCGACACCAUUACCGGAGACUCGAGUGGCAACAUCUUGGUGUGGGGGAAAGGUACGAAUCGAAUAAGCUACGCCAUUCAAGGGGCCCACGAGGGGGGCAUUUUCGCACUUUGCAUGCUAAGGGACGGCACCCUGGUGUCGGGAGGAGGGAAGGACCGAAAGCUCAUUUCCUGGAAUGGAAACUACCAGAAACUUCAUAAAACUGAGAUCCCGGAACAGUUCGGUCCCAUACGGACAGUGGCCGAGGGGAAAGGCCACGUGAUCCUGAUCGGCACGACCAGGAACUUCGUCCUCCAGGGCACACUGUGCGGGGACUUUGCAGCCAUUACUCAGGGUCACACCGAUGAGCUCUGGGGACUGGCCGUCCAUGCCUCCAAACCUCAGUUCUUGACCUGCGGGCAUGACAGACACGCCACCCUGUGGGACGCUGUCGGUCACCGGCCAGUCUGGGACAAAAUAAUCGAGGAUCCAGCUCAGUCUUCUGGUUUUCAUCCUUCAGGGUCUGUGGUUGCAGUCGGAACACUGACCGGGAGGUGGUUUGUGUUCGACACGGAAACGAGGGACUUGGUCACCGUGCACACGGACGGGAACGAGCAGCUGUCUGUCAUGCGGUACUCUCCAGAUGGGAACUUCUUAGCCAUAGGCUCCCACGACAACUGCAUCUACAUCUACGGAGUCAGCGACAACGGGAGGAAGUACACGCGAGUGGGCAAAUGCUCGGGUCACUCAAGCUUCAUCACUCACCUGGACUGGUCUGUAAACUCCCAGUUCCUUGUGUCCAAUUCCGGAGACUACGAAAUCCUUUACUGGGUCCCCUCUGCGUGUAAGCAAGUCGUCAGCGUGGAAGCUACGCGAGACAUCGAAUGGGCCACCUACACCUGCACCCUGGGGUUCCACGUCUUCGGAGUGUGGCCAGAAGGCUCGGACGGAACCGACAUCAAUGCCGUCUGUCGGGCCCACGAGGAAAAACUCCUGUCCACGGGCGAUGACUUCGGCAAAGUUCACCUCUUCUCGUACCCUUGCUCGCAGUUCCGGGCUCCCAGCCACGUGUACAGUGGGCACAGCAGUCACGUCACCAAUGUUGAGUUCCUCUGUGACGACAGCCACCUCAUCUCCACGGGCGGCAAAGACACGAGCAUCAUGCAGUGGCGGGUCGUGUAGUGCUGGCGAGGCCGAGGGCGCAGAGCAGCCCAGGAGGCACCGACUCGGGCACGCGGUCACUGUGAUUUCUGUUUCGUUUGCAAAGUUCUCACAAACCUCAGGAAACCACGCCCUGUACCGGUUACCUUAGCUUAGUGGAUCAGCGAGCACCACGUCAGGUCAGCAGUUCGGGUCUCUCGCUUGUACCAUGUCUAAAACACAGUUCAUGUAGAAAAUGCCAGGGUUUACAGUACAGUGACAUCAGCAGAUUGGUAUGUCCUUCGUAACUUUUCUAUGAACUCUUGGAAAUCAGUCACAGAAUGCCUUCUCACACACUGUACGCAGGCCUGCCCCUCUCGCCAUCGAGCUUGCUAAGCCCAGUGUGCGUGACACUGAUGAGGUACCGAAUCACGGUCCCUGUGGGUCGAAGGCCCAGAGGGGUGACCUGAGCGCAUGAGGAGCUGAGGUCACUGCACAGCUGAGUUGGGAAGCGCAGCGGCGAAUUUACCUGGUUACCCUGGUAAGGCUUCCCUGAGUUCUCCCUCCGGAGGCCGGCGGGCCGGGAUGGACUGACGUUUCCGCGGAGGGCAUGGCGUUCGGAGCUCCAGGUGCCGGCCUGACCCCGCGCACUCAGCUGCUGCUGCGCACCCUCGUGGAUGGCGCCCCUGAACGGAGUCAUCUGGCUGCCUUUGUAUAUUAAUUGGCAUGAUAUGGUAUUGUACUUGUAUAGGAUUUUAGCGAUUCAUAAGAAAUACGUAAGGCUAGGCUUUACUAUUUUAUGCUUACGGACAUUGUAUAUUUGUAUUUUAAGACCAAGUAGACCAAGUCAAAAAGAUACCACACACCUGCAGCGGGAGAAGCCCGGAGGCUGCGCCAGGUGCUCCCGGAGGCCCCCGGCCCCGUCGUCUGUGCGCGGGCGCCCACCUGGCCACCGAGGGAGGGGGCGCCCUGAUGCGUGAACGUAGGUGGCGUCCGUUUGUCCAGGAGGCCUUAUGCAUUUUGAUGUGUGACAAACUGAAAUGUAUUGUUUACAUUGGGGAAUGUAUCUCAGAUUUUAAAAUAGAAGAAUAAUAAACAGACUUAAAAACAAAUGUUAAGAUUUUUACUUGUUCCAGGCAAGUAAGGGAAUUGAACUAGCUGAACUCACGGGCCCUGGUUGCUCAGACGGCCGAUUCAUCGAGACGCUGGGAAGCAUUUUCGGGACAGCUGGGGGCCGCUGCAGGGGUGGGGCGCCGGUAAACAAUAUGUAUUAAAGGUGAUUGUUUGUACGUAUCCUUAUCAAAUAUAUUCUGUAAUGAAAUAAAACCUGAAAAGCGGAUUUCGUAUUGACCUAUAAUCAUGAAAGUAUAUAAAUUAAAAUAUUUGAAAUUAGA